AUGCAGUGCAGCUGCAGCUCCUCAGUCGGUCACCUUUCUUCACCUUACUGGAGCAGAACAGUGCUGUUCCCUGACUGGGCCUACAAACCCACCUGGUCGCCCGGCUCCCGACAGAUCCAGCUUUGGCACUUCCUACUUGAACUACUGGCCCGAGGCGAGGGCGGGGCCAUCGGCUGGGGAGGGGAGUGGGGCGAGUUUGUCAUCAGGGACCCUGAGAAGUUGGCCAGGCUGUGGGGCGAGAGGAAGGGCAAGCCACACAUGAACUACGACAAGCUCAGCCGGGCCCUCAGAUACUACUACAACAAACGCAUCCUGCACAAGACCAAAGGGAAACGAUUCACCUACAAGUUCAACUUCAGUAAACUUAUUCUCGUCAACUAUCCGGGAUACCCACCGCCAGCACCACCAGCACCACCAGCACCGAGCCAUCAGCGGUUCAGCCUCUGCCUCACCCCUUCCUACUCCCGUGCUGCCUUCCUGAACCGCUCCCCGUGCCUCGGGCUCUCCACGGCCCUUUCCCCGUCAUCUCCACCCCUGCACGGCCAGGAGUCAACCUGA